UUCGCCCACGAUCUUGGCCGGCGGCGGGGCGGCCCUGGCGAGGGCGGGCGGGGACCGCAGAGCGCCCGAGCCGGAGGGCAGGACCGUGGGCUGCGGCGGCGCCGGGAUUGGCGCCGGCGCUGGUGGAGACGCCAUGGAGGCCGAGCCGGGGCCGGAGCGCCCGCCAGCGGAGCACGGCAGCCCCGCGCGGCCGCAGCCGCCGGACCUGACGCCGGAGCCGGCGCGGAGCCCGGAGCGGGGCCCGAGCCCGGGGCGGCCCGAGGAGGACGCGCAGGCGCUGGCCGCGUUCACGGCGCUGCACGGCCCGGCGCUGCGCGCGUCCGGAGUCCCCGAGCGCUACUGGGGCCGCCUCCUGCACAAGCUGGAGCACGAGGUUUUCGAUGCGGGGGAGAUGUUUGGGAUUAUGCAAGUGGAGGAAGUGGAGGAGGACGGGAGUGAGGACGAGGAGAUGCGGGAAGUGCGGAAGAAGAGACCCAACCCCGGGAGCGAGCUCUGCUACAAGGUCAUCGUGACCAGCGAGGUUGGGUUGCAGGCGGCUGACCCCAACAGCAUCUUCCUCAUUGACCAUGCCUGGACGUACCGCUUGGAGCAUGCCCGCCGGCAGCUGCAGCAGACACCUGGGCUGCUGCACCGAAUGGCUAACCUGAUGGGCAUCGAGUUCCACGGUGAGGUGCCCAGUGCCGAGGCCGUGGACUUGGUGCUAGGAGAGAUGUGGAAGUUCAACCAGACCUACCAGCUGGCCCAUGGGUCAGCGGAGGAGAAGGUGCCGGUGUGGUACGUUAUGGACGAGUUUGGCUCGCGCAUCCAGCACGCGGACGUGCCCAGCUUUGCCACGGCCCCCUUCUUCUACAUGCCCCAGCAGGUGGCCUACACGCUGCUGUGGCCCCUGAGGGACCUGGACACAGGCGAGGAGGUGACCCGGGACUUCGCCUAUGGAGAGACAAACCCCCUGAUCCGGCAGUGCAUGCUGCUGCCCUGGGCACCGGCCGACAUGCUGGACAUCAGCUCCUCCACGCCCGAGCCGCCCGACACGCACUACCAGGCCAUCUUGGAGGAGAACAAGGAGAAGUUGCCAGUUGCCAUCAGCCCAGGAACGUAUCCCCACGACCACAUCUUCAAGGUCUGCACUGACGUCCAGCAGGUGCUCAGCCAUCUGACACACCCACGCUUCACCUUCACCCCGAGGGAGGCAGAUGCCGACAUCCUCUACAACUUCUCCCACUUCAAGGACUACCGGAAGCUCAGCCAGGAGCGGCCGAACGUGCUGCUGAACCAGUUCCCGUGUGAGAACCUGCUGACGGUCAAAGACUGCCUGGCCUCCAUCGCCCGCCGGGUGGGGGGUCCCGAGGGACCCCCCUGGCUGCCCCGCACCUUCAACCUGUGCACCGAGCUGCCCCAGUUCGUCAGCUACUUCCAGCAGCGGGAGAGGCGGGGCGAGGACAACCACUGGAUCUGCAAGCCCUGGAACCUGGCCCGCAGCCUGGACACCCACAUCACCAGGGACCUCAGCAGCAUCAUCCGGCACCGCGAGAGCGCCCCCAAGGUUGUGUCAAAGUACAUUGAGAGCCCCGUCCUGUUCCAUCGCGAGGAUGUGGGGAUGGUCAAGUUUGACGUCCGCUACAUCGUGCUGCUGCGGUCGGUGGCGCCUCUGCAGCUGUUCGCCUAUGACGUGUUCUGGCUGCGCUUCUCCAACCGGCCUUUCGCACUCAAUGACCUGGAUGACUACGAGAAGCAUUUCACCGUCAUGAACUACAACCCUGAUGUGGUACUGAAACAGGUGCAUUAUGAUGAGUUCAUCCCGGCCUUUGAGAAGCAGUACCCCGAGUUUCCAUGGAAGGGUGUCCAGGCUGAGAUCUUCCAGGCCAUCACAGAGCUGUUUCAGGCAGCGUGUGCCAAGCCUGCGCCUCUGGGCCUCUGUGCCUACCCUUCAUCCCGAGCCGUGUAUGCCAUCGACCUCAUGCUGAAGUGGGACGACCGCCCUGAUGGGAAGCGGGUCAUGCAGCCCCAGAUCCUGGAGGUGAACUUCAACCCGGACUGCGAGCGUGCCUGCAAGUACCACCCGACCUUCUUCAAUGACGUCUUCAGCACCUUGUUUCUGGACCAGCCCAGCAACUGCCAUGUCACGCCUCUCCUCUAGGCCCAUCUUCUGAGCGGCUUCUACAAGGGCCGCCUCCCUGCCUGCCUGCCUGCCUGCCUCCCACCCAAGCUGGCCCCAGCCCAGUCCCCUGGGAGCACAGGGCUCUGCUCUCCGUGGGUCAGAGGCGGGACAAGGCAGGUGUCUCCAGGGCCAAGCGCUGCACCAGGCCUGUUCCUCCUCGCACCAUCCUGCAGCAGUUCACCUCCAGCUCAGCCAAGAGCUCGCAGGCAUCUGAGACCUUGAUCAUCCUCCAGAGGCGCUAGCAAAAGGGAGGCUUGGUGGAGCGUGACGUGGCCCUCCCUCAGCGGCAGCCUCCAUGGGAGAGUGGAAACCACCGGGGCGGUACAGCCGGGCAGGCUUCCUCCUCACCAGGAAUCUGCUCCUGUGCAGGGGACCCCGGAGACCAUGGGGAAACGCUGCUUGCCAGACCACACAAACCCUGCCCUACUGCCCGUGCCCAGCUCAGCCAGACCCUUUAUCAGCACACCUGUGAAGGUCCAGGGUGGAAGACCCUGUCUUUGUCCUGGUCUCCUUUCCAUUUGGUGAGGCUGGGCCUGUCCCUGGGUCACUGACGCACAGUGAAGUCUACCCACUUGGGUCCCUGUUGUCCCCAAGGCCUCCCCAUUGUGGGCACUCCAGUGCCUUCUGCCCUCCUGAGAUCUUCUGGCGACGGCAACUCAGGACACAUAGGUGGCCAAGGAGCACCAGCACCCGCAGAAGACAAUCAGAUGCCAUCUCCUACCAGGCUCUAGGGUCAGGAUGUUGGACUUUUGUUAAUUUUGGGGAGGAAAAUGUACAACUUCUAGUUCUUUCCUGCAAUUGAGAGUCAGAUGCCAGCAUUUUUUUGGUAGCAGCAGUACCCCUGGGCCCAGCUAGUUCAUGGGUUUGAGAAGCUGGUGGGGGGUCUGGCUCCUGGUGCCUGGGCUGCCCCCAGGGCAUUCCCACUUGAGGGCGGUCGGGGUUGGGUGUGGUGGUCGCUUCGAUCUUGAAGCCAUAAAG